CGCCUGCCAGUGGGUCAUCAUUGCGCCGCCUGACGCGGCGCAACCUGAAGAGGCCACGUCGCUCCUUUCAGCCCUCCUCUUCCUAUAUAAAGGCCUCCACCCCUUUUCUUUGUUCACUUUCCGCGAUCAAGGCUCAGAGCUUUCACCGGUCAAGUUCCUUCUCUUUUGUUAUCCAGCCCUCCGAGUCAAGUAAGUUUCCCCUUCCUUCUCUACUUUCUUUUCCGGUCAUGUCUUCUUUUAGCGAUAAGAUUUCGUCCUCAGAGGACUGCUCCUCUGAGGACUCCAACUCAUCUUCCUCGACCGGGUCUUCUUCUCCUGACUCCACACCCGGUCAGGUUCCCAACUCCUCUAUUCCCGACCCGCAACCUGUUAAUCAAAUGCCCGGUGAAGUUUUCAUGGGGAGGGAUGACCCGGUUGAUGACGAACCGGGUCCCUAUGACCCUGAAAACGAAACCCGGGAUGCGUGGGAGGAGCGGCUUCAUGCUGCCGGUUACUUUCCGCUCCCCACCUUCUACAUCCUUGACAUCCCUUCCCAUGUAUCCAAAAUCGCCUUGAAUAAAAUUCAUAGGAGGCUCCCGGAUGGGUAUACCCUCUUGUAUGAACCUAACUGGCCCAACAUUGUUGAACCCCACCGGGAGGAUAGGAUAGGGUUCCACACCAUAUCACUGGAUGCGGGCAUCGUUUUUCCUUUUCGCCCCCUCUUAACCGAAGUAUGCCAUGCGUUUAGGAUUUUACCCGGCCAAAUAACCCCUAACGCCCACCGGUAUCUCCAUUCCUUUGUAAAUAUCUAUAUGGAGUUCGAGGAGUUCGCCAUCCCCGAUGACCAACCAGCGGGAGAGACCGGGGGCUCCCAAGCCAACACUGCCAAAACCUUCCCAUUUAAUCCAGAGACCGUGGAAAUCCUUGAUGAAGACGAGCCCCAAGACAACCGGUCUAAGGGGAAGGAAAAGGAAAAGGCCGGUCGACGGACGAAGAAGGUGGCCACCACGCACCCUUCUUACGCCAAGAAGAGGGCAAGGUUGGAUCCUGAGCCGGCCGACCAGACCAUCGAAGAGGCCUUCAUCAAUCUGGGGCUGAGGCUGAAGGAGGCGGGGGAGAUUGGGCCGCAUACAGUGGACCGGUUGGGGAUGAGUUCCCCUUCCGAAGUCGACCGGCUGAAGAAGGAGAAAGAAGAGAUGGUCCUUAUCCUGAAGAGCCAGGCUGAUGAGUUGAUCAGGCUGUCUAGGCUGGCCGGGGCAAUGAAGACCGAGAUCUCCCAGCUGAAGGAGGAGAAUGGCCGGCUCAUGGAUGAAGUCUCUGAAACCAAAAGGGAGAUGGCGGAGAAGGAAGAAAACUUCCCCGGGCACGCAGCUGCCUGGGUUGAGGAAAAUAAGGCCGAAGCUGCCCGGGUGAUGACGGCGAGCCCAGAAGCUACCAUGGAAUCCUUCAGGCUUCUGUACCGGGAGCGUGAAGGAAAGAAGAUGAUAACCGCGAUUGGGUCCUUCGGAUUCAAAAGCGGCCAGAAGAAAGACCGGGCAACCUCCCACCGGAUCCUCCUGAAGAGAGACCCGGCCUUCACUGCGGCUUCCUACGGCCUGGCUCCUAUCCCAGAGGAAGAGCCAACUCCCCCCUUCCCCCUAGAUUAGGAUCUCCCCGGUUCGGACCGGUUGUCUUGUAAACUUGAAACCUUAUCAAUUUCCCCGGGUAUGCCCGGUGUGUCUGUAAACAUUUAACAUUUUUAUUUCACUUGAAUGCCAUGUUUAAUUUCCAUACCGGUUGAUCUUCCAUAUCUGCCUGUUUGUUGAUUAAUACUUUGCUCUUACUUCUUAAAAUAUCAUCAUAGAAAUUCCGACCGGUAAAUAAAUCAGGCCACUUCAA